CGUGAGAGAAGCUGGGCGCGGGGCCCCGAGCCUGGACUACACUUCCCAGGAGGCUCUGCGCGACGGCGGGUCACGUGACGCGAGCGCGGGCUUCUGAAGGCGGCAGAACGAGCGGCCCGCGGAGUAGGGAGCCGGCUGCAGACGUCGUCCAGCCCCCCACGCGCAGCCAUGGGAAUCCACGGCCUGGCCAAGCUGAUCGCCGACGUGGCCCCCGGCGCCAUCCGGGAGAAUGACAUCAAGAGCUACUUCGGCCGCAAGGUGGCCAUCGACGCGUCCAUGAGCAUCUACCAGUUCCUGAUCGCCGUGCGCCAGGGUGGGGAGGUGCUGCAGAACGAGGAAGGCGAGACCACCAGCCACCUGAUGGGCAUGUUCUACCGCACCAUCCGCAUGAUGGAGAACGGCAUCAAGCCAGUGUACGUGUUCGACGGCAAGCCCCCGCAGCUCAAGUCGGGGGAGCUGGCCAAGCGCGGCGAGCGGCGGGCCGAGGCGGAGAGGCAGCUGCAGGAGGCACAGGCGGCCGGCGCCGAGGAGGAUGCGGAGAAGUUCGCCAAGCGGCUGGUGAAGGUCACCAAGCAGCACGUGGACGAGUGCAAGCGGCUGCUGCGCCUCAUGGGCAUCCCCUCCCUGGACGCGCCCGGCGAGGCAGAGGCCAGCUGCGCCGCCCUGGCCAAGGCGGGCAAGGUCUUCGCGGCGGCCACAGAGGACAUGGACUGCCUGACGUUCGGCAGCCCCGUGCUCAUGCGCCACCUGACGGCCAGCGAGGCCAAGAAGCUGCCCAUCCAGGAGUUCCACCUGAGCCGCGUGCUGCAGGGCCUGGGCCUGACGCAGCCGCAGUUCGUGGACCUGUGCAUCCUGCUGGGCAGCGACUACUGCGAGAGCAUCCGCGGCGUGGGGCCCAAGCGCGCCAUCGACCUCAUCCAGAAGCACAAGAGCAUCGAGGAGAUCGUGCGGCGCCUCGACCCCGCCAAGUACCCCGUGCCCGAGAACUGGCUCCACAAGGAGGCCCGCCAGCUCUUCCUGGAGCCCGACGUGCUGGACCCCGAGGCCGUGGAGCUCAGGUGGGCCGAGCCCGACGAGGAGGAGCUGGUCAGGUUCCUGUGCGGCGAGAAGCAGUUCUCGGAGGAGCGCAUCCGCGGCGGCGUCCGGCGCCUCAGCAAGAGCCGCGAGGGUAGCACCCAGGGCCGCCUGGACGACUUCUUCAAGGUGACCGGCUCGCUGUCUUCCGCCAAGCGCAAGGAACCGGAGCCCAAGGGUCCCGCCAAGAAGAAGGCCAAGACCGGGGCCGCGGCCAAGUUUAGACGCGGGAAAUAAAGCCGCCCCCCCCCCCCCAAAGCCGCCCCCCCCCCCACGUCCCUGGACGAACCCCGAACACUGGCCUCGCUGGGCUGAGUCUCACAAGCAGAGAAAGCUCCAUGGGGGACUGUGGGGGGUUGCUUCUCCCACCCCACCCCACCCCCCGCAGCUGUGCCUUCCCCCUUGUGACUUGGUCUCCUGGUGAACAGCAAGGCUCAGGGAAGUGUGUCAGGCGGGGCCAGCUCAGGACACCACUUCUCAGGACUUAACAACUCCACCUCCACUGUCCCACAGAAGCCAGAGCAGCAAGUGUUGGGGACAGGAGAGGAGGGACACGGUGGGUGCGGACACUGCCCAGGAAUGAUAUCCAGGGUGGCCCGCAGGAGGUGAUGAGGGAGUCUGUCCCCAGGCUCCAGUUCCAUGUGGAUGUGCCCUGAAAUGGCCUGCCAGGUUGCUGUGGGAGGACUAGGGGCUGGGAUGGGCUGAGCGGGGAGCCCCUGGGCCUGGCGAGACGGCUUUGGGGCCAGGAGUGGGCAGAAACUUGAACUAGGGUCUCUGUAGCAGUCAGAGGCAAAAGGUUGCUGAGUGCUUCUCACAGCCUCUCUUGAGCUGAAGCUUGCAGGAUACGAUGCUGUUCUUGUGCCAUUUUUGCUAUCGAGAUUUAAGCAGCAAAGGGUCAAUAAAAUCAUUGAAUGCCA